CAUGUGCAGACUGGCGCAAAUACCAGGCUACAAGCUGCUCGUCGUUGGCGAUACCGGCGUCGCCAAAACGACACUUCUGCAGCGCCAUGUGACCGGCGAGUUUGAGAAGAAUUACAUCGCCACGCUCGACGUCGAGGUUCACCCGCUCCAGUUCGAUACGAACGUUGACCCGGUGCGAUUCAACUGCUGGGACUUUGCCGGCCAGGGCUCGAACGACGACCACUACGCCGACGCCCAGUGCGCGAUCAUCCUGUUUGACGUCACGUCGCGCCUCUCGUACCGGAACGUGCCCAACUGGUACCAUGACAUUCGCCGCGUCUGCGAACACAUCCCGAUCGUGCUCUGCGGUAACAAGGUCGACGUCGAGCGCCACAAGGUCAAGCCCAAGCACAUUACUUUUCAGCGCGAGAAGAAUCUCACGUAUGUCGAGAUGUCGGUCAAGGCCAACUACAACAUCGAGACGCCACUGCUCUGGCUCGCGCGCAAGCUCGUUGGGGACGACAAUGUGAAGUUCAUGGACCCGCCCGCCUGCUGCUGCCACAUGUCGGACCUCGUCGUGGAUGCGAGAUUCCUGGCCGCCGUCGAGGCCGACAUUGCAGCAGCGAUGAACGAGGUUUUGCCGGACGACGACGACGAUAUUUAA